GACUCUAGGGCACAGAGUCUGAUGGCUGGUGCUGAAAUCCGUGCCCUAAAACGCACAUUUCUCACCUUUUGGUAGGAAUUCUCAGGAAUAGUUCACUUUUCUAUUUUGCUCGAAACGACUGAUAUACACGUGGGACAAGUUUUUCAAUUCAACUCUUGAAUAAUAUUGACUCGAUUACAAAACUUCAAUUCUCGAAUUCAGCGAUUGUCUUCUUCUAUCACUUAGACACGCAACUAUCUGAAGAAUCUUGUAUUGAAGCUCAUCUCGAAAUAGCCUUCUCAAUCAUAUCCAAGAAUGUCAUCACCUUACGGUAGACGUGGUAGUUCAAAAGAUAUUGCCCCUAGGGGUCGUGGAAGUGGUUUCCACCUUCGUGGCACCUUUGGGAGCAUUCGCGGUAGCUGUAGAAAUGCAGUGGUCGGUUUUUAUGAUGCAAUAAUCCAGGGGGCGGUUGCUACUGACCAGGAAAAUGGGACUGAACGGCCUGUAAAGAUUAAUAAGACUCUCGCUAUCACAUUCCUCAAUAAAACAGAAAUGGUCGAUCUCAUCGUUGGUCCCGAGAAAGCCCUUUUUCGAGUUCACAAGUCUUUUCUCUGCAGCAAGAUACUUUAUUUCGAGAAGAUGUUCAACGGCGGAUUUAAAGAAGCUAAAGAUGGGUCGGCUAGCUUUCCGGAAGACUUUCCUGAGGCUUUUGAUAUACUCAUUGAGUGAGUAUACUCGGGAAACCUUCGAUGGUUCGACAUUGGAAGCGCUACAACUGGCGCUAGUUGGAAUUUUCUUAAGUUUUAUUCUUUGGUAGAGAAGAUCUGUCUUACGCGGCUAGCAGAUUUUGCACUCGAUAUUUAUCGCAAAAGUUGUCAAAAUAAAAAUCACGUCUUCGAGAGCCCAGCUUAUGUCCAAGAAGUCUACAGCUUUACCAGUAGCCAAUCGGGCCUCCGUCGGUUAUUCAUUCAACAGUUAGUCUGGAGGUUUCAGACCCAAGAAGACUCAAAAGAAAACGCAAAUGAUUUGUUCAUCCUGGCAAUGAGAAGCAACGAUGAAAUAUUUACAGAUUUCAUGUUUGAGCUCCGAAAGCAUGUCAAGGUAGCAGUCCCCAAGGACCCAAGAAUUCUUGAUCCGAAUAAUCUUUGUGAAUAUCA